GGGGCCUAGCUCGGGGAGUGGGGAGCUGACGACUGGGACUGGUGCUGGGAUGGGCAAUGGGCGGGAACAGUGAGACCUGAGAGACGACAGUACAAGUUGGAGGCUGAGCAGAGAGGGAGGGUUUGGAGGGGAGUGCCAGCAUCCUACGAUGAGGGGACGUACGAGAGGAUGAAGAAGCACAGAUCCAAGCAGACCCCGAAGGCGAAGCCUGUGGCCAGCCCAGGGGCGGCUGUCCUCCUGAAGGUGAACAGGAAGCUGUGCCGAUGCCGAACGUUGUGGAAGCCCCCGGGCCCGACUGCCACCGGAACAUCGAUGACGCAGAGCGACCAUAAAGCAGUGGAGACGCCCAAUCCCAGAGUGGAACAGAGGUUGCUGAUGUCGGAGGUCAGUUCAAGCGGGGACGAUGACGCUGGGCCGGGGUUAGUGCGUCGGAGCUGGAAGGAACCUACCAGCAGUGAGGAAAGGGAAGUGGAAAGGGGAGCGCCCAUGGGCGAUGGGGGGGCCGGUCAGCCCCAGUACCCUAUGCUUCGCCCAGCACGGAUCCGAUCCUUCAUCCAGACCCGCCCUUCCUUCAGGAGGCACAGCUGGGAGCCAGGACGCGUCCUAAAGCUGGAGACCGAGGUCGAGGAGGAGCACAGUGUCAGUCUGGAGGACCUGGAGGGUGGGUCAGCGGAUGGCCCUCGGCUGCUGGCGUGGGUAAGGCACCGGAGUCAUGAUCCCCGUCGGCUCGGCAUCACCAUCAGCACUGGCGAACUGGACACGUGGCUGGCGAUGACCGAGGAGGAGCCCGAGGAGGAGGUAAGGGCGAGGGUGGGGAGGGGGUGA